UGUUAGACAAUUUAAAAAAUUCGUAUGUAAUACAGUAGACUAUUUUAAAAAAUGUGUUUGUUUAUACCGCGCGUGUCACACUUUGUUUAAGAAAAAUGGUAAGAAAGAUGGAUGGUGUGUGGUAUAUCUGACUUCUGACCUCAACAAUAUAUUUCAUAUCAUCGAAGCAAUACAAAACAAGAAAAUCGCUAAUAGUUUUUGAUAAAGAGUCAUUCAGCUAACAAGAAGUUAUGAUAAAUAACGACUACGACUACGAUCUAGGAAAUGGCUCAAACGUUACUUACGACACAAACAAUCUCAAUUUCAACUGGAACGAACUCCUGCCAACUUUAAUUGUGUAUGGAGUCACUUUUAUUUUAGGUCUUACUGGCAAUAUCCUUAUAAUUUUCACGACGUUUCGAUAUCGACGGAUGAAAAGCGUGACCAACGUUUUUCUUUCCAGUUUGGCAUCAUCUGAUCUUAUUCUGAUCAUUGUUUGCAUUCCAGUAAAGGUUGCCAAAUUGUUUUCGUACACGUGGGAAAUGGGAGCAGUUGUAUGUAAAGGCAUUCACUACAUGCAGUAUGUUUCUGCCAUAUGUUCUGUAUUGACAUUAACCGCAAUUAGUAUAGAAAGGUAUUAUGCAAUUGUACAUCCCAUGAAAGCCAAGUACGUUUGCACUAUUAGUCAAGCGAAAAAAAUUAUCUUAGUAAUCUGGAUUUUGGCCAUAUUUCUCGGAGCACCUACGCUGAAGGCACAGAACCAUUUACCAGUUGGGAAACGAAAUGAGUCCAAUUACUGUGUUAGAGGAUGGAACGACAACCCGGAAAUGCAUAAGUUCCACGAAUUAUACAUGUUCGUCCUCAUACUGGUGGUCCCGUUUUUCAUAAUGGCCUUCUCAUAUGGACUUAUUUGUUGGGAAAUUUCCAAAGUAAUGGAAAGGAGGUCUGCUAUGACUGGAGAAUUAAACCGUACGUCCGAAAAACAUAUAUGCCAAAACGCCAAAUUGAUCGAAACUCUCCACAUGAACUCAGUCAAACGAGCCAAAAACGCCAGAGAUGACACUACUAUGGUGAAACAAGUAAUCUGCAUGUUGGUAACAGUGGUAGUGCUUUUUGCAAUCUGCUGGACUCCCAUGUUGAUCGAUAAUGUUCUGACAGCCUAUGGAGUCCUACCGUUUAUGAAGUUUGGAACUUUAAAAUAUAUGUCAAAUGCUUUCUCCUUAAUGGCAUACUUUAACAGUUGCAUCAAUCCCAUUAUUUACGGAUUCAUGUCGAAGAGUUUCAGAGAAAGUUUUGUCCAAGCCUUGUGCUUAAAGUAUGAAAGAAGAAGAAUGCACGAAAGAACCAGCAGCUACAGCCUUCGGCACAUGUCGGCCAGAGGAUCAAUGAAAAGUGUUGUUACACGAACUACUUCGCUGAAGUGACUAAUAGGGACUACUGUUUAACAUGCUAUAUGUUCCAGCAGUACCAAAUAUUAAAUUGUACAGUAGGUGAUCAAAUUAUUAGAUAUUGAUAAAAUGAUACAAAUGAGAAGUCACAAUUUCUAAAGUUUAUGUUUUUUUAAAUGUGAUUUUCGUUGUCUUGAAUGAAAUACGUAUUGCUGAUCAAACUCUUUUCAAUUAGAUAGGAAUAGAAGACUGAUGAAUUUCAUGUAUAAGUAGAAUUUCAUCAGAGCUCGGUGCUUAUUUCUUAUUAAUUUAUUAUCUUUGGUGCUAAAACAUAUGACAAUGUUCCCCUCAGCAAAUUAUGGUCAACCCUACAGCAAUCCAACAUUAAACAUGGUCUUAUCAAAGCAGUCCAAAGUCUGUAUAUAAUGGAACGAGUGCAAAAAUUAAAACUGGAUCAAGGAUGUCUGAGGGAUUUAAGGUCACGAAAGGAUUGAAGCAGGGUUGCUGUAUUUCGCCUACCCUUUUCAAAAUUUAUCUGGAACAAGCACUGAAGCUGUGGAAAAAAAUGUAAUGACAUGGAAAUCCCUCUCAAUGACGAGACAACACUAUACACUUUAUGUUUCGCUGAAAACCUAAUUCUGAUUGCUCAGGAUCAUGACACUGACUUAAAUUACAUGAUGAGGAAACUAAUAGAAGAAUAUAACAAAUGGGGCCUCGAAGUCAACAUUAAGAAAACUGAAGCCAUGUGCAUUGGAGGGACAAAGCAGUCCCAUUACAUUAGACGAUGAGAUAGAAAUUAAACACUGUGAUGAAUACAAGUACCGGGCAUGAAGGUAACUCAAGAUGGAACACUCGAUGCUGCUAUAAAAGACAGAAACAGACAAGAGAGGAAAGCCAUAUCCAUGAUGAAUGGCAUUCUGUGGGAUCGAACAAUAUCUAAAACGAGCAAACAGCUCAUAUACAAUACCAUACUUAAAAGUGUAAUCACAUAUGGCAGUGAAGUUUGGCCAUCAAAACAAAGAACAGAGAAUAUGUUACUAGUAACAGAAAUGGACUUCUAGAGAAGAGCAGCAGGCAAAUCAAGAUGAGAUCGGAUACCAAAUGAGAGAAUACAAGGAAUAAUGGGAGACACACAUAUAAUAAUUGAUGACAUAAAAACAAAAUAACUAAUAUGGUACGGCCAUGUACAGAGAAUCCCUAAACAGAUUCUGGUGUGGACACCACAAGGGAGAAGGAAAAAAGGAAGUCUGAGAAGAAGCUGGAGGGAGGGAAUUGAAAAAGAAUUAGAGGAAAGAGAAAUCCCUCCAGGUCUAUGGUUAAAUAAAGAAGAAUGGCAGUUAGGAGUCGGAAGGCGUCGGAGAACGCUGUAAACCGAUAGUAUUAGUAGGUGCUAGAUCAGAUAACAGGACAAUUCCAAGGUGAUAUACCUUGAUAUUUAACACAUUGUGUGCCACGUCGCUCAUAUAUGAGAGACACAGGUAUUUUGCCAGGGGCCACGUCGCUCAUUUUUGAUAUACACGUAUGACUAACUUUCAUGGCCGUGGAUGUCAAUGGCCUCUGAGAGUAGUACCCCAGUUAAAGCGUGGCACUCAAUGUGUUAAUAUACAGUGAUGAGCGCGCUAAUAACUGGCAAAAUAACGCAAAAGAUGGAAAACAUAUUAAGUUGUGAGAUAAAAAGAGAUGAAACUAGUAGAGGUAGGAAAUUUAGCGAUAGAGAAAUAUAAAUUUACAUUAUAUUGAUUGUUUCCUAUCUUUAGACGUAUCAGAGGAGUAUGUCAACUAAAACUGUCACUAUCAGAGUGGUAGUUGCCAAACUCGUCCGAUACAUCUAAAGGUGGGGAACAAUCAAUAUAAAGUAAAUUUAUAGGUCAAUUUAUAGGAGUCAAUCAAUAUAAAUCUGUUCCAAUAUAAAGUAAAUUUAUAGGUUUCUAUCGCUAAAUUUCCCACCUCUACUGUUUCAUCUCUUUUUAUCUCACAACUUAUUAUGUUUUCCAUCUUUUGCGUUAUUUUGCCUAUAACAAAAACAUAUGUUUUCUGCAGUCGAUGUUUUGUUUUAAUUAGUUAUUAACAAAUUAAGGUCAAAAACCGUAAAUUUUUGCUUUUUUCGAUUAUCAGAAAAAAGUGAAACAUUUGAAACAAAAUUAGAAAGUAAGAAACUUAUGUCAGAUAUUUCGGUUUACCAUAAAUGUUAAUAACUUUUUUAAAAACAAAAUUAGAACCUUCAUAUUGCAUGUAAUUUUAGAUCUUAUUAUGGUGUUUAAAAUACAUACGCUCAAAAUGUCAAAGCGAUCGGUCAAAUAGCUUAAUCGUUAUUUUAUUUAUUUAUCCCAAAUUAAAUUUUUUUUACAACAAUAUUUAUUAAUUAAAUUUAGUAAUUUUUAUUGUAAAACGUUAAUAUUUAUGAUUAAUAGGUAGGUACAGUAUGGUACAAAUGAAAGGAAUAAAUUCGUUAUUUCGUAAGCCGGCGACUUUAAGGAAAAAUCCUGAAACAAGUCGAUUUUUAAUUUUAAAUUAUGAUUUUUUGACAUAAUAUAUAUCUUAUUAGUGACGUCAUCCAUUUAGGCGUGAUGAAGUAUUCGAUGAUUUAUUUUUAAUGAGAAUAGGGGCCGUAUGGGCUCAUUUGAAAGGUUAUUCAACUCUAAAUUCAACAAUAUAAACACUAAUAUAAUUAUUUAUACCAGGUGUUGAAAAAAAUUGUUUUUAAUUAAAUUCAUUGAGACAAAAAGAAGAAUGUAUGUAAUUAAUUUAAUUCAAAAUACAUUUUACUGCUGUCAGAAAACAGAAAAAAAUGGCUAUUUCACAAAUAAUCAUUUCUUUUCGCUUAAAUUCAAUGUUCAAACUUCCAAGAGGUAGGUGGGUGGUAGCCUGAAUAUUGAAUUUAGGCGAAAAGCAAUGUUUAUUUCUCAAAUAUACAUUUUUUAUGCUUUCCGACAGCAGUAAAAUGUAUUUUGGAUUAAAUAAAUUACGUACAUUCUUCUUUUUGCGUCAAUUAACUGUAGCCUUAGGCUUUCUUAACAUUUUGCUGUUUGAUUAAUUCGCUUAUGUUAGA